ACCUUGCAAGGCUGGCUGCUAGCCAGCUAUCUCGAACAACUGCGCCACCGGAUCGGCUACCCUGGUUCAUGUGGCCUGCCGUAGCAGAGCGUCCCGGUAUCGCCACUUCCUCGUCUCAUCGCCGACAUUGUUCGAAUUCCCUCCAGGGUUGAUUGCCGACGAUUCUGAGCUACGAUGCUGCACUCGAAUGAUCAAGUUGUCCCGGGCCAUGUCCAGAGAUCUAGUGCACGGUUGAGAACGAGAAGUGGAUGUGGCGAAUGUCGGCAGCGCCGGAAGAAGUGCGAUGAGAAACGGCCCCGAUGCGGAGGCUGUACCCGAAAUGGCUUUGGAUGUCGAUGGCCCAGCGAGACGCAGCCCGUUGAUCGACGACGGUGUCCUAGAAAAGCAGAUGGCGGAAUCCAGCCAGUGGACACGGUAGCAGGGCUGUCCCUGCCGCCCCCUGUAAGCAUGCCUGCACCAUUUCGCAGCAGUGAGCACCUGCGGAUUUACCGAUACUUCGCGCACUCCAUAGCACCCAAACUUGUUCGGCAGACCGCCUUGUCCAGGUAUUCCCAUGAACUACACAUCGUCCGUCUUGCCCUGGCUCACCCACCUCUCAUGGGAGCUCUAAUUGCCACUGCUGGGAUGAGGAUCUCGUCGCAGUCACCCAACUCCCGGUCGCUAGCUUUACAAAGUUAUUUGUUUUCUAUUUCGAGCCUGAGGACGGGUCUGAUGGAGGGACGGUAUGCCGGCACCGAGGAUUGGCUUCUGGCCACCACUACCUGCUUGUGUCUUUUUGAAAACUCUCGCUGCGAUGCGAUGCCAAAUGCGGGGGCUCAUGUGUUGGCCUCGGGUCGGAUGUUGUCUCUUCGCAGACCAAAACCCCGAAACGCCUCGCAAGAGGCCGUGGUCUUCGAGCGCAUCUGCGUGGAGUCAUUUCUGUACCACGCUGCCCUUCUUACGCUGUUUGACCCUUCCGUCAACUGCCUGCCACUUACCAGGGAAGGUCUCAGUCUGGAGCCCUACUUUUCAGAUCCGGAUCACCCAGACGACGUCCCACCGGGCACCUUGACGUCAACCCAGCCGGUUCUGGAUGCGUCUUUUAAGUUCUACCUGUUUAUUGUAGAUGUUAUAAAGUUGGCUCGGUCAUCUCUUCUGGCAACCACUGCCGAUUCUGAAGCCUGGUAUCGAGCGGAAGACACGGUAGCGCAUUUGGAGACGACCAUUAACAACCAACAGAUGUCCAAUUCAGAAAAUCACGUCGGACGGCUUUAUACUGUGGCAAUCCGAAUUCUACUUAUAUACGCAGAGCCAAAGCGCUCCAUGCUCGAUUGGGUCAAGCUGAUGGAAUUAUAUCUUCUCCGAGGUCUUGAAAUCAUUACAAAACUGGCUGUUGACGAGUGGUUUUCGUACUAUUAUUUGUGGCCGCUAUUGGUUGUGGGCUCAGUGGCAGUCAUACCUGGAGAGAAGCAGAUCGUCCGAGCGAAGCUUUCCCAGGUAUCUGCCUCACGUCAAAGCGGUCCUAUUUCCCUGGCGCAAUAUCGCCUGUCGAAAGUCUGGAGAGCAGGUGCUCAAUAUAAUGACUCUGAUCGUGGGCGAGUUGUUUCAAGGCAGCUUCGGGCGUUGCUAAAGGAUGAUUGAUGGCUUCAGUAUUCUACUCCUGGCUAGGUUGGUUGGCUUGUAUCUGACAUCAGAGCUGUGCACUACAGCCUAUCAGGCUUCAAAAGCAUAUGACACAUUUAUGUAACCACAGUCCACGAGUUAAAAUCCCGUCCCCGUAGAAUUAGACUCUCAACAGUCACAUAUUU